AUGAUUACACUUCGUUUCACCGACCUGCAAAACGACAAUGCGAUCAUGGUGUUGCAAGUGAAAGUACGUGAAAUGUUUGCUCAACUUGGUGAAGAGUAUGCAAGAUUGCUCAAAGAGCAAAUCCCAAUCGUGAAGAAACUCGAAGAUGUGGACGGGAUUUUACAGAAAUCUCAAGAACUUCAGCAAGGUCGUUAUGGGCUGAGUAAGGCCGAAUUUCUGAGUGAAGCGUCGAUGAAUUUGCCAAAUAUUGAUCAAACAAUGCUUGCGCAAAUGCUCGACAAUUACAAGGAUUCUGUCAGUGUUGAAUUCAGAAAGCACGAAAACGAGUUUGAGGCUCAAGUACGCACGCAUCUCAAUAUGGAGAAAUUGAAGGCGAAAAUGGAGGGAAUCCGUGCAAAACAACAAGAAACACAACGGAAAUUCAAUGAUGAGAAAAGAAAAACACAAGAUGAGCUCAAUGAAAUGCAAAAGAAAUUGGAUCAAGAGAAACAGGCUCGCGAAUCGGCCGAGAAGCACCAGGCAAUGCAUCCAAUGAUCAUGAUGAUGAAAGAGAUGAAUGAAAACUCGAUGAGACACUUGGAACAAAUGAGAGCUGAUCGUGAGGAGCGGGAGAGACGGGAGCAACACCUUGCUGACGAGCGCGCUCAUCAGCGUCAAGUCGAGUUGGAAAUGCUUAGACAGGAGCGAACGGAAAGGGAGCGCCGAGAGGUAGCUAGAGAAGCUCGGCUAGCUGAAAUUGAGAAUCACCGUCGUGCGCAAGAAAGGAUACGACAAGAAGCAACCGAUCGUUUGCGCCUAGCCGAGGAACGCCGUCGACAAGAGGCUAUCGCUGCUCAAGAAAAACAAAAAGGAUCAUGUCGGCUCAUG